AUAAAUAAAGCAACAGUAGCUAAAAUCUCAUUCUACAUUCUACUGUUGAAGCAAUGGCAUAUUUAAUCCAAAUCCUGUAUUUUCUACAACUGGCCCCUCUUGCUCUCUGUGUGUCUCCAGACCCUGUCAAUGUGACCAUUGACUCUCAAAACCUUCAGCAUUUCCUGAGAUGGCAACCUGGAGCAGGUACUUUGGUGGGGACACAAUACAGAGUACAGUAUAAAUGUUCUGAAUGUGAAACUUGGCUCCCAGUGACAACAUGCAUGAAUGUAUCCAGCUCUGUAGAGUGUGAGGUGACAGAAGAGUUUAAGGUUUGGCUUAAUCACUAUAGGGCAUGGGUUCAAGCUUUUAAUGGAGCAAGUCAGUCUAACUGGAUUUCCUCAGCUGACUUCAUGCCUCUUUCAGACACAAUCCUGGGCCCACCGGACGUGUCUGUCACUGGAUGUGGAGAUUGUCUUUUACUGAAGCUCAAACCUCCAAGAGGAAAAGGCCCAGAAUCUCUGCUAGAUAUUUACCAUGAGUUUGACUAUACCAUUACUGUGAAAAACAAUGACAAGAAAGAGAUUCACACCAGUGAGGCAGAGUUUGUUCUUGAGAACUUGAAGCGUGGCACAGAGUACUGUGUAACAGUGAGGAUGUACCGUGCUGGAAUGAAUAUGAAUUCAGAGCCCUCUGAGCCACAAUGUGCAUUCACUAGUCCUGAGCCUGUCAGCAAAGUUGCUUUUCAGGUGGUUCCUUUGUACAUCGUUUUGCUGCUGUGUGGGGUGCUUGUGGCUGCCUUGUUCUAUAGUGGUUUCCUAUGUUCACUGAAGAUACCCUUCCCUAAAGUACUGGCUUCUUUUACUUCUGCUAGCAGAGCCUGCAACCUACAGAAGUGUUUAGUUCUAGAGAGAUGCCCUGCGAACCAUGUCACUAUUCUCUCUAAACGAGGUGGCAGGGGGAAAAGCAGAGGUAAAAUGUGCAAAGACUCCAGUGAGAGCGAGGAGACUGACAGUGGGGAGGAAGAUUGGUACGAAAAGUGGAUUCCAGGCCAAAGAAGUUGCAACAGUGAACAUAUUGAUAAUCAAGGGAUUCUUGUGGAGACUGGUCAAGCCCUUGAUCCAGGUGAUCCAGCACAGGCGUUGCAUCUGGUUGUGUGUGAGGAGACAGUAGGGCCUCCAGUGGAGCAGCCAGACCCAGAGCAACUUAAACCCUUACUUGAGAGGAGAGACUCAGAGGAGGAAAGCUGCCAAAAUGUCAAUUUGUUUUCAGUGAUGUUGGGGGCUACUGAUGAAGAAAUCUUAGAGAGCCCUUCAGUUGAGGUGGAGGUAGAGGAGCAACCAGAGGAUAGCAUAUGCCUGCUAGAAAAACUGCAACAGUCUCCAUUAUUAGCGACUCUGGAAUCUGUAGCCUGUAGGACAGACCAUCUUAAUAGAGAAAUAAACGAUGAAGUGGAGCAGAGAUUGUGUUCAGAGGAGGAGGAGGAGUCUUCGAUGUACAUGAAGCAUUAACCCUUAACAAGAAACAAUUCGGACCACCUACUACAGUAUAUUUCAAGUCUGAGCAUUUGACGUGUUUUGAUGAAUGAUAUAGGUUUCGAGGGUGGUAACAGUUUGUAAACGGAUGAUAACACAAUACAGAUCUUCAGUCUAAAUGUAUUUAUUUUAAACUUACUACCUUUUAAGGAUAUGCUGGGAAGGUCAAAAGAAGCUCUGUGACUGAAGAUCAAAUACUAGUACCAAGGUUAACGAUUGAGCAGCUUCAAAAUUAUUAUUAUUAUUUUUUUAUUUUAUUUUUUUUACUGACCUCUUGCAAUUGUAUGACGAUUGCAAUCGUUCUGAACUGUUCUUAUUGCAAUUACUCAGAUACUGAGUUUAUUUGUUUUGUUUGUUUGUUGUUAAGGGGCUUUUACCUGAAUUCAGGAGCUCCUCUUUUUAAGAGACCAACAUAACAAGAGCUGGCCUCCACCUUCUGAGCAGACAGACAAGUCCCAACAUCCUGUCAGCCUAGCUAGUCACUGGAGAUCGCUGGAGUUAUGACUACUUCUGUGUGGCUCAGCAGAUUUGGGAAUACUGUAUCUCUUUGUUCUGUAUGGCUCCAGUAUUGAAUGUGUGUACCUAUAGUUUAAACUAUCACCUGUCAGUUUAUAUGUUGGUGUACCAGCUGAGAUUUUUUCCAGCAAUUGCCAUUAUGAGCUACGAUUAACGCUGGUCAAGACUGAUGCCACCAAUCUGCUUGAACUGGGGACAUCUUCUGUGGAUCACUUAACGAGAUAUACUGCAAAUAGAUAUAAAUAUACUGUACAAUGUGUUUAUGAUGUUGGUCAGGAACAUUGCUAAGGUUUAACUGUACUGUAAUUCUUUAUAUGUAUUUUUGUGUACAACUGUAAGUUGCCCUGGGUAAGGACAUCUGCUAAUAAAUAAAUACAUAAAUAAAUAAUAA